AGCUAACUAACGUUGUCUUCAUGUAUAUAUUAGCUGAUAUUACCUCUAUAGUAGAAACAUUACACGUGUAUGUACCUUUACGUGUUACUUACAAACAAACAUUAACAGCUAAAGUGACGGAGAGCUUAUGAGAGCUCCUGGUCGUUUUUAAUCGAGCUAGCCAGCGAGGCUUCUCAGCUAGCUUCCGAACGUUAGCCACAUUAAUGCUAAUGUAGCUCCACGGCACAUGAACGACGAGUCAUCAACUUGCAUUUGGACAUAGUGUUACACCACUGCUGUUAGCUGCUCACAAAGAGUCAAUAUGGCAGAGCUAACAACACUAGAGAGCCUGCUGGAAAUGGGCUUUGAAAGAAACCGAGCAGAAAAGGCGGUGGCCCACACAGGCAACCAGGGAAUAGAACAAGCCAUGGACUGGUUAAUGGAACAUGAGAACGACCCGGACAUCGAUGAGCCCUAUGUCCCGCCAGUGGGGAACGUCCUGGGAGGAGAAGCAGACAGCCAGUCCACCACAGAACAGCCGUCACUAGCAGACACUGCUGAAGGGACAGCAGUUGGAGACGGCAGCUACGACAAUGAUGACACAAGUGCAAGGAUGCCAAUUUCAGAGGAGGAGAAACUUGAGCAAGUUAGAAGGCUAGAGGAGCUGAUGCGGGUGAAGCAGGCGGAGAGGCGAGAGAGAGAGCGGGCAGAAGAGUUGGAGCGGGAGAAGCAGCGGAGGAAACAUGGCCAAGAGCUGCAGCAGAUUCGCCAAAAGCUGCAGGAUGAUGAUAUGAAAAAGCUCGCUGAUCAGCGCAGGAAAGAGAAGAUGGAGGACAAGAUGGCCAGGCAAAGGGUUAAAGACAAGAUUGCACGAGACAGAGAGGAGAGAGCACAAAAGUUUGGAGGCGUUGCACCCCCGAGCACCGCAGCAUCGUCUCAACCUGCCCAGCCCACCCCCUCAUCACCCACCAGUCAUGGCCCUCCACCCACUAAGAAGGAGUAUGAUGAGUCCAGGAUACAGGUGCGUCUGCUGGACGGCUCGACCAUCACGGCAGUCUUUAAGGCCCAGGAGCCGCUGGCAGCAGUGCGCGUCUAUGUGCAGGUGAACGGCAACACACCUGAGGGUCAAGACUUCACGCUGCUGUCACCCUACCCCCGUCACGUCUACACCGAACUGGACAUGGAGAAGCCCCUCAAAGAACUGGGUUUGGUGCCUUCAGCUGUGCUGGUGGUUGCCAAAAAGUGAGAUCAGGAGGAUCUGCUCUGUGAGCCUACCUCACCACUUCCACUGCAUCAACACAAGAGACACCAGAAACGGAGUGAACCGGGAGCAGAGCCACCACCUCUUUAGUGUCACUCAACAAGUCAGCUAACUGAACGAAAGCAGAGAGAUGUAGUUUGAGGCUGCGUUGAGAUUGUUUCUAUCUACUCUUAAGAAGUUUACAGCGAUAAACGGUUUGAUUAACUCUGCAUGCCCUUUGCCAUUCUGGGCUUGAUAUAGAUUUUUUGGUUUGCAGUGAGAUUGACAGUGAAUUUUACUUAGUCAAGAACAAAGUGAAGAUAGCUGGCUUCUGAUGGAUUCUGCUUCAUGGUCUCAACAACACAUUUAUAAAGAUGAUUCAAAACUGAAUUGUUUAAUUUUAACCUGAUCUUUACAAAGCAAAGUACCACACAGGACCUACGUGAUUAAAGGGCCUUGAAUUUAAUCCGCACGAUCUUCCUGAUUUUGUGACAUUUUACUUUGACAGUUUUUUAUAAGUUAAAAUAUAUUGAUGACAGUUAUGUAUGCAUUAUCACCAAGAAUCUACUUAAAAUAAAGCUGACU